AUGGCGGAGGGAAGCACACUUGGAGGUGCUGCUGAAGCUCAGAAGGAUCUCCUAGAUUACCGCGGACUUGGGAUCGGGGUUCUAGAACUGAGCCACCGAUCUGCAGAGUUCGCUGAAAUCCUGGAGAAGGUUAGGAGCAAUCUGCAGAAAAUGCUAAACAUCCCCCAGAACUACAAGGUGCUGUUCCUGCAAGGAGGCGACAGGGGUCAGUUCAGCGCUGUCCCCCUGAACCUUAUUGGUCUGAAAGACAACAAAUGUGCGGAUUACGUAGUCACGGGCGUCUGCUCGGCCGAGGCAGCUAAAGAGGCCAGGAACUAUGGCAGAGUCAACAUCGUGCAUGCUGAACUGGAUAGCUACACAAAAAUCCCUGAGCCCAGCAGCUGGUGUCUGAGUGUGGACGCCUCGUACCUGUAUUACUGCGCCAAUGAUUCCAUCAGUGGUGUGGAGAUCAACUUCAUCCCUGACUUCAGAGAUGCUGUGCUGAUCUGUGAUAUGUCCUCCAACUUCCUGUCAAAGCCAAUAGAUGUCUCAAAGUUUGGUUUGAUAUUUGCCGAUGGUCAGAGCAAUGGUUGUGCUGGCAUCACUGUGGUCAUAGUGCGAGAAGAUCUUCUAGGCUCUGCGCUCAGUGGUUGCCCCAUAGUCUUUGACUACAAACAGCAUGCAGAUAGUCUCCACAACACUCCUCUGUGCUAUAGUAUCUACAUGAUGGAAUUAGUCUUGGAGUGGAUAAAGAGGAUUGGCGGCACAGAAGCCAUGGAGAGCAAUAGUCUUGCUAAAUCCAGGCUGAUCUACAGUGUGAUUGAUGACUCUAAUGAAUUCUAUGUGUGUCCUGUUGACGUAAACUGCAGGAGCCGAAUGAAUGUUGUGUUUCGGGUUGGAGGUGCUAAUGGCUGCAGUGAGCUAGAAUCUAGCUUCCUUGCUAAAGCUGCGGAGCUUGGCAUGAUUUUAUUAAAGGGUCACAGCUCUGUCAGAGGGAUCUGUGUCUCUCUCUGCAACACUGUGACACUGGAAGAAAUGCAGAAGCUGAUAGAAUUCAUGAUUUGCUUUCUGAAGGAACAUCAGUCUACGGUCCAGUGAAGCCCUUUGGAACUGACUGCAAUUACAAUGACUCCUGCAUCCUUUGUAAUUCAUCUUCCCCUCAUUAAAAAAAAACUCAA